AUGGUGACAGGAUUGAUUGACAAUGUUGAGAGUGAUGAGAAUAUUGACAUUGAUGAGAAUGUUGAUAUUGGUGAGAAUGAGAAUGUUGGCUGUGCUGAGAAUGUUGACAUUGGUGAGAAUGUUGACAUUGGGGGGAAAAUUGACAUUGGUGAGAAUGUUGGCUGUGGUGAGAAUGUUUACAUUCGUGAGAAUGUUGACAAUGCUGAGAAUGUUGACUUUGGCUUGCUCCUAGAGGCAAUGAUGAAUGCCCAAGUUCACGUCAUUGCUAGGAGGAUUAACGGAUAUCAGAGGGACAGCAUCCAGAGAGUAGCUGGUGGCAUCAUUGAGAGCAAGGCUUGGCAAUUGCUGGCCAUCCAGGAGGAGCUGAAUAACAAGAAGUCCGAGCUGGAGCAGGCGAAGGAGGAGCAGUCUCACACACAAGCCUUGCUGAAAGUGCUCCAGGAACAACUAAAAGGUACCAAGGACUUGGUGGAGACGAACGGCCACAGCCACGAGGAUGCAAAUGAAAUCAAUGUGUUGACAGUUGCAUUGGUUAACCAAGACCGAGAGAACAAUACUGAAAAAAGAAGCCAAGGCUUAAAAUCCGAGAAGGAGGCCCUGCUGAUAGGCAUCAUAUCAACGUUUCUUCACGUUCACCCUUUCGGAGCCAAUAUAGAGUAUCUGUGGUCAUACAUGCAGCAGCUGGACUCUAAGAUAUCUGCCAACGAAAUUGAGAUGCUUCUGAUGAGGCUGCCACGCAUGUUCAAACAGGAAUUCACUGGCGUGGGAGCAACGUUGGAAAAGAGAUGGAAGUUGUGUGCCUUUGAAGGAAUUAAAACGACCUAACCAAUGGCCAGGGAAGCCGGAAAUAAAGCCGUCCGAAGCCAGCCAGGACUGUACAAUAGAGGAGCAGAAGGUUGGGGUCGGCCAGUGGGGGACCUGUGCAGAGCCACCAAAGCCUUGUUCAGUGACAUCUGUGGCGUUUUCUUGUGAGUGGAAAUGUAAUUGUGUACCAGUUCCUUAAACUAGACAAAUCCUCGUACUUUACUAUGACAGACCUGUCCCUCUGAAUACCAAGCAGUGAUUCCACAGUCAAUGACCACAGAAGUCUCAACACAGGCGUUGCGGCAGAGUAGAGCACCGAGCAAAUGCUUAAAGUUAAUGGCGGUGUAGCAAUGGUGGUUGCUAGGCUACAGAGUUGUGUAUGUAAUGUAUAGCUGAAAACAUUAAAUGACAUUUUCCUGAAGGUCUUUCUGUUAAUAAAACAAAGAAAAAAACCCAACAAAAUAACAAAGGUGAUUUUACAGUGGGAAAAAAAUCAUACCAAAAGAAAACUUGAAUAUGUGUCUGAACAGUUAUUGUAUUUUGUAAAUUAAGUUAUAUGCUGUUCCAGGGACUUUUUGCCUUAUUGAAGAGGCAGAAAACUAUGAUUGGACUCCUUGAGAAUGCUUUAUCAAGGAUAUUAUUUUUCUAACGUAACAGUUCUCCAUCGUGCGUUUUUUUCACAUGGACUGCAUAACAAUUUUCAUAACCUGUAAAUAGAGGAGGAACUGCAGCUGCUGUCCGUGCUUGGUCUGUAACAUUCAGGUUUAUGCAUUGAAAACAUUCGGAAAAUAUUCCUGUUACAAAUUUUAUAGCAAAGAUAUUAAUUUUUUUCAAUAAAUCUUGACUUCUA